AUGGGAAGAUACGAUAAUGCCGGUUUCUACAUUAUGGUGAUAAAAAAGCAGCAUUUGGAUGACUAUAAAAUGAAAGAAUUAUUCACUGAACUUUGGAAUUUGGGCAUCAUUCAUGCGGUCUUAAUUGUUCCUAUCAAUGAACGAGAUUAUCGUGUGUACGGUUAUAAUCCAUAUGUACGGAGCUUUUGUGGCGAGCCACAAGUAAAACUACUGGAUCGAUACGAGAACGGUCGUUGGAAUAACGUGAAAGACUGGUUUCGCAACUUGUUGAAAAAUUUGAAUGGUUGUACGCUUCGAGCAGGAACGUUAGAUGGAAAACCUUUCGUUAUGAAACAAACUGUUAACAGUUCUACCACGUUUGUAGGCCUAGAGGUAGAAAUUGCAGAAGCUAUAGCAGAAAGAAUGAAUUUUUCUAUGAAAUUCUCAACACCUGAAUGCAGUGCACAGUGGGGUGUCCUUAGGCAAAGUAAUAGUACCGGUUUGAUGGGAAUGAUUCAGCGACGAGAGGUAGAUUUUGGAUUCGGUGCAAUCGGCCUUAAUUUGAAUCGCAGUUUGUACUUACGUUCUAGUAUACCUAGCGUUAUCACCCGAAUGUCUAUGGCCAUUCCGCCCAAAAAGCCGUAUACUGCUCUCGAAAAGCUACUGCUACCAUUUACUGCAACAUCGUGGAUGUUGAUCGUAAUAUGCUACGUGAUGAUCUGUUGCUUUUCAUUUGCGGCGAUACGUCUCCAAAACCGACCAUUUUUCGAAAAUGACUGUGACGUGGCUUAUGUUACCUGGGUCAUAUUAAUGGGUGGGUCGGCGAACAGUGUCCAGAAACACAGCUCCCGAAUUUUUAUGAUCAGUUUAAUCAUGAACGCAUUCGUAGUGCGCAAUAUGUAUCAAUCGGAACUCUUCACAUACUUGCGCUCUGUCGAUACGUUAGCAUCGAGAUUGGAUUCUUAUGAUGAUAUCAAUGCAGCUGGUCUCUAUUAUUACAUGUUUCCCACAACCAGCCAUUUUUUUGUUGACAAUAACUUGGUUAACAAAAGGUAA